AUGUGGCCGAAUGGUGUGGCGGCCGCAGAAAACUCGGCCGCGGCCGUCGCUGCACCAAUUGUCGCCGCCGAAAUGCUGCAGAUCAUCGACGAAAUGCGUCUCCAAGAUUUCGAUUCGAUUCGAUUUGCGACUUAUCGAGCCGCAUGCAAGCUGCGAUUCAUUCAGCAGAAGACCAAUGUGCACCUCGUUGAUAUUUGGAAUAUGAUCGAGGCGUUUCGCGAGAAUGGUCUCAACGCGCUUCCACUUCAUACUGUGAUCAAGACAUCUCGCGCCGAGUUACUCCUGACAACAGUAUUCCACAACCUCAAUAAGCGGCUCGUCAGCUCGCAGCAUGUCGACACCGAUAACUCGAUUAGUCUUUUAUUGGCAUUUCUACUAGGAGCUUAUGACAAACAGCACACUGGAAGAUUAACGGUAUUUUCGAUCAAAAUAGCACUGGCCACAUUAUGCGCUGGAAAGCUGGUCGACAAAUUGAGAUAUAUAUUUUCUCAAAUUGCCGAUGCUAAUGGAAUGAUGGACCACGUGAAGUUCACCGACUUCUUACAACAAGUUCUCGCUCUCACCACCGCCGUUUUUGAAGCACCCACUUUUGGAUUUUCGGAAGCUGCUGUCGCUCAAUGCUUCCAUAAAGACGACAAGGUUUCUUUGAACACGUUUCUCGACACAUUCUUGUCUGAUCCGUGCCCGCCUUGUAUUAUGUGGCUUCCACUACUCCAUAGAAUGGCUGCCGUUGCAAAUGUCUAUCAUCCUGUUGUAUGCGACGCUUGUCAAGUUCGAAGCUUCUAUGGGUUUCGUUAUAAAUGCCAACGAUGCCCGAAUUAUCAACUAUGUCAGAGCUGUUUCUGGCGAGGUCGAACGAGUCUCAAUCAUUCGAAUGAGCACGAGAUGAAAGAGUAUUCGAGCUAUAAAUCGCCCACGAAACAAUUUGUUCAUUCGAUUCACAAAAGUCUCCAAUGCAUUCCGUCGACGAUGUCGGAUCACAAUACGAUGAUCCAUGAUCCGAUCCAGCAGUCGCAUAAGCCGCAAAGGCCGCUGAAUCUGACGAACAUUGUGCCAGCGACGCCAACGACAAUUCGCCGACAAUACGCGUCGACGGCAACGGACUGGCCGAGCUCGCCAAUAUUGCUUCCCGGACAAGCUUCACACGGUGGAGUGAUCGAUGAUGAGCAUAAGCUUAUCGCCAGAUACGCAGCAAAACUGUCAGGAAGAGCCGAUUAUCCAUUAUCGAAUGGCCGAAGCAUGAACAGCUCGAUGGUUGAAGAUGAGCGCAUGCUAAUAGCCCAACUCGAAGAAGAAAAUUCGAUGAUGAUGAGGGAAAUGGCGAGAUUGGAAAGUCAGACAACAUCUGACGAUGGACUCGCCGGACUUCGUGAUCGAAAAAUCGAGCUCGAGGAGAAGAUGUUCGAGAUGCAGCAACGACGAAGAGAGUUGAUGAUGCAGCUUGAGCAUCUAAUGGCUCAAUUGAAUACGACACCUCGACCAUCCGCCGGCGUCUCAUCAGCCUCGCUUUCGCAGCUUCCAUUCGCCAACGACCAAUUAAGCGGCGUUAAUUCGAAUGUGGCGAAUGCUUUUAGAGCGGGCAGUUUGCCGGCAACUAGUUUGCAAGGAGACCUGCUCAAUGCCGCCGAUCAAAUCACUAAUAAUAUGAGUGACCUUGUAAGGCAAUUGGACCUAGCGCAAGCCGAAGAAAAUGGCACCUCUUUACAAUCGCUCAAUGGAAAUUAA